AUGGCCGAACGCACACCCUCCCCAACACCCUCCGAACGGGCCCGCAAGGACGCCGAAGACCGGCAGCGCGAGGAAGAGGAGCAGGCGAAACUGCCGUACAAAUGGACGCAGACGCUCGAAGAGGCCGAGGUCAGCGUGCCCAUAGCGGGGAACCUCAAGGCGAGGGAUUUGGUCGUCGAACUGAAGAAAAGCCAUAUCAAGGUCGCGGUCAAGGGGCAGGAGCCCAUCAUUGAUGGCGACUUCCCCCACCCGAUACAAACGGACGACUCGACGUGGGUCCUGUCCACCAAGACGGACGGGGGCAAGGAGAUCCUUAUUACCCUCGCCAAAGCCCGCGGCUCCUACUGGUGGGCGCACAUUGUCACCUCAGCACCGAAAAUCGACACCACAAAGAUCGUGCCGGAGAACUCCAAACUGAGCGAACUCGACGGUGAGACGAGGGGGAUGGUCGAAAAGAUGAUGUAUGAUCAGAACCAGAAAGCCAUGGGCAAACCAACGAGCGACGACCAGAAGAAGGAGGACCUCCUGAAGAAGUUCAUGAAGGACCAUCCGGAAAUGGACUUUUCGAAUGCCAAGAUCGGAUGA